GAGCCCUAGACCAAAAUGGCUUUCCAGGUGGAAGGGCUGAUAGCGAUCGUGGUGUUCUACCUUCUCAUACUACUGGUUGGAAUAUGGGCUGCCUGGAGAACCAAAAACAGUGGCAGCGCGGAGGAGCGCAGCGAAGCCAUCAUCGUGGGCGGCCGAGACAUCGGGCUGCUGGUGGGUGGAUUCACCAUGACAGCCACCUGGGUCGGAGGAGGUUACAUCAACGGGACAGCCGAAGCAGUGUAUGUACCAGACUAUGGUCUGGCUUGGGCUCAGGCACCAAUUGGAUAUUCUCUUAGUCUGAUUUUAGGUGGUCUGUUCUUUGCGAAACCCAUGCGUUCUAAGGGGUACGUGACCAUGUUAGACCCAUUUCAGCAAAUCUACGGGAAGCGCAUGGGCGGGCUCCUGUUCAUCCCUGCACUGAUGGGGGAGAUGUUCUGGGCUGCGGCCAUCUUCUCUGCCUUAGGAGCCACCAUCAGUGUGAUCAUUAACACGGAUGUGCACGCGUCCAUCAUCGUCUCCGCACUGAUCGCCACUCUGUACACGCUGGUGGGCGGGCUCUACUCCGUGGCCUACACGGAUGUGGUCCAGCUCUUCUGCAUCUUCGUGGGACUGUGGAUCAGUGUCCCCUUUGCGCUCUCUAACUCUGCGGUCACCGACAUCGGGUUCACGGCCCUACACACCAAGUACCAGAAGCCUUGGCUGGGGACCAUUGAGUCCUUUGAAGUCUACACGUGGCUUGACAGCUUCCUGUUGUUGGUGGUCCACCCACAUUUCAUGCCCACUUUCCACCUUUCCGUUGGAGAUUCUGUUCAUCACUGGACACCAGAGUUUAUCUUGCUUCCAAAUCUGGAUAGCCUAAAUGUCCAGAGACAUCAGGAUAUGCUGGGAGGAAUCCCGUGGCAAGCCUACUUCCAGAGGGUUUUGUCUUCAUCCUCAGCCACCUAUGCCCAAGUGCUGUCCUUCCUGGCAGCUUUCGGGUGCAUGGUGAUGGCCCUGCCACCCAUACUCAUUGGAGCCAUUGGAGCAUCAACAGACUGGAAUCAGACCACCUACAAGCCUGACACCCCCAAGGACAACCAACAGGCAGACAUGAUCUUGCCGAUUGUCCUGAAGUACCUCUGUCCCAUGUACAUUUCUUACUUUGGUCUCGGUGCCGUCUCUGCUGCCGUCAUGUCAUCAGCGGACUCUUCCAUCUUGUCAGCAAGUUCUAUGUUUGCUAGAAACAUCUACCAGCUCUCAUUCAGACAAAACGCUUCCGACAGGGAGAUCGUCUGGGUCAUGCGGAUCACAGUAUUCGUGUUUGGUGCGUCUGCAACAGCCAUGGCCUUGCUGACCAAGACCGUGUAUGGGCUCUGGUACCUCAGCUCCGACCUCGUCUACAUCAUUAUCUUCCCGCAGCUGCUCUGUGUGCUCUUCAUCAAGGGGACCAACACGUACGGGGCCGUGGCAGGGUACAUUGCUGGCCUUUUCCUGAGGGUAACCGGUGGAGAGCCAUACCUGAACCUGCAGCCCUUGAUCUUUUACCCUGGUUAUUACGUUGAAAAAAAUGGUAUAUAUAAUCAGAGAUUCCCAUUUAAAACCCUUGCCAUGCUCACCUCCUUCUUAUCCAACAUUUGCAUCUCUUAUCUAGCCAAAUAUCUAUUUGAAAGUGGAACCUUGCCACCAAAAUUAGAUAUGUUUGAUGCUGUUGUUGCAAGACACAGUGAAGAAAACAUGGAUAAGACCAUUCUGGUCAAAAAUGAAAACAUUAAAUUAGACGAACUUGCACCUGUGAAGCCUCGGCAGAGCCUAACUCUGAGCUCGACUUUCACCAAUCAGGAGGCCUUCCUCAACAUAGAUUCCAGCCCAGAAGGUUCUGGGACAGAAGACAAUUUGUAAUAACCCCAUCUGCAUAAAACACUGCUUUCUCACACAGAGCACUCUAGCAGGCUAGUCCUAGAAUGGUGGUUUGCAGCAUAUAAAAAUAUAUAUUUUAAAAAAUAGUGUUCAGGAGGACAAGAGUCCAGGUCAUAGUGCAGUUACACCAAUCCAAGGCAAGCCAGAAGGAAGCAGCCCUGAAGCAGCCACUCUCUCUCCCAUGGAUCCUUCUCAUCCUCAUUGGCAAUUUGACGCCAGGUAGUCUUGCUCAGUAUUCAAACAUGAAUAAAGCCCCACGCAAAGAACAGAGAGCCAAAUGGAGCCUCCAUCUUUAUUUCGGAAAGAGGAAGUAGCUGUAAAAGAGACUGGAUCAUCACAAUCCCAACCUUGUUUGCAAAUGCACCACGAGUCUAGUUUCUCAAGCCACAGUUAUGAGAAAAAGUUACCAUCCCUCCAGCGAAUGGGGCAAUGAAUUAAUCAGCUCAUUUUCUUGAUGUGAAGAGUAAUUCCUUCUUUCGUAGUCUGAACUACCCCCUUUGCUGAAUAUGCAUUUUGUUUUUCCUUGUAGCAGUUGCAGGUGUAUUAUUCUGAGCACAGAAGGAGCAAAUACAAAGAGCAUUGUGUAGCAGCAUUUCUUGACACCAGGGGGAUAGGAAGGUAGAGUCAUCUUAAUAGAGGAAUCUGGUUCCUCUGAGUGUGUCUACCACUACCGUAUUCAUUGGGGAAAGUGCCUGCAGCAAGGAAGGCAUGAUCAUUACACAGCCUUACAGCAAUAAAUCAAAACGGCCAUCGAGCAAAAAGUGACAGGAGCAACGGUGGGCUGAAGUUUGUAAAGUUUCUGCUUCAUGAGAAAAGAAGAAAUCCCUUGACUUACUACCCAAAUGAGUCCUAGAAUUGAAAUGGAGCCAUUGAGGCUACACACCAAUUAAGGUUAGUGAAAGACAAACCACCAUCCUCCCCCCCACCAUAGUCGCAGAAAAAAAAAAAAAACAAAAAAAAAAACACUCAGUUUUAGAUGUUCAUUAAUGAGGAUGAUAUAGUGUCAGGAGAGCUGCUCUGUGGCACCUUUUUGGCAAAAGCUAGUCUUAGGUACAGGACAAACCACCACUACAGAUGGUAUAGAGUGAACUUCAAGAUGCAGAAGAAAGCAGAAAGUAAAAGUCCUAAAGGGAAGAAGCCAUCAACUUGAACAUUUGGUGUCUACAUAACUUUCAUGAGGUUGGUCAUUAAAUAUUAUUUUGCUCCUUUUCUGGAGUUAAAUAUAUAUAUUUAUGUAUGUGUUUACAUAAAUAUAUAUUACAUAUAUAUAUAUUUAUGUAUAUAUGUGUGUAUGUAAUGGUUUGUAUCCAUCUUAGAAUUUGAAAUGCUCUCUCAUCAGUCACAUCAUAGAAAUAACUGGAGCUGUGUCAACAAAAUCAGAGUAAAUUGAUCAUCUGAAAAAUUUGAUCCCACAAAGGCAGCCUGAAUUAUUCAAACUAAACACUUUUUUUUCCAAAAAAGAAAAGAUUUCUUUUAUGGGAUUCGUAGACAAAGUGAAGUUAUUUCAGAGUUUGGCAUUAAGUAAAGGUUGUGUUUGGAAAGUUAGAAUUCUUUUUUUAUUGUAAUUUUCUUAAAAAAUCAAAUAAUAAUCUCCUUUGUUAUUAAACAUGAAUUAAAUUCAAGAGUAAUUUUUAAAAUAUGAAAUUAAAUAAUUUUACAUGUUAUAAGGUCCCAUGUUGUUAAAGCUUUAUCCAAACUUGAUGGUAAAUGCGAUAUUGCAUUCAGAAUCUUUACAAAACAUCAUCUAUCACCUAAAGGAAGAGAAUUUUUUUUUUUUUUUACUCAUUUAUUUGCUCAGAAUCUAAUCUAUGCCCAAUACGCUAUGGAAUAUUUGGAAAGGAAUCUUUGGAACCAUUAAAUGUGGGGAUUCCUACGAUUCUCAGACAUGGAUUGAGAGAAGAACUAGGAAUAAGAAACACCUUUCUUAAAAAACCACAGAAGAGGAAAAGGUUGACAUGUAAAGCUAAUUAAUUCCUGAGAACUGCAGCUACACGACACUUCAGACGUGCCAUCUUUCCAGCACUCUACCUGCAUAAUUAAUUUUACCCACUCCAUCACCAUAAGGUUUUGUUUCAACCUUUUUAGACACAUGCUUUCAUAGAAACCCAUCACUACGUUAUACUAGAGUGAAAUGGGGAAGUAUGGUCUCUACUGCUAUUAUGUUUUACAAUUUUGUUGGGCAACAGUUGUCCAAAUGACAAUAUUUAAAUCCAGUGAAAAAACAAUCUUUAGUUUUUUAAGGCACUGCCAUACUGUUCUCCAUAGCAGUUGCACCAGUUUACAUUCCCACCCACAGUCUACACAAUCGGUAAGUGACAAAGACCGACCUAGAGCAUGGAGAAGUCUACUCAGUACGCUGUGAUAGCCCAUAUGGGAAAAGAAUACGAAAAAGAAUGGAUAUGUACACAUAUGUAUAUGUAUAUGUGUGUGUGUGUAUACAAUUCACUUUGCUGUACACCUGAAAAUAACUCAACACGUAAGUCAACCAUACUCCAAUAAAACUUAAAAAAAAAUACGAAUGGUGAAAAUUUCUUCCAUCCCAUUCAUUUUGUAAUAGUAAAAUAAAGGUGGGAAAAAGUUUACCUUGUCCAAAAUAUUAAAAACUAGCAAACUUAAAGCUAAUAAAUAAUGUUCUGUUUUUAUUUAACUCAUUUCUUACCUACUCUCAAACUAGAUGUACCAAAAAAUGUUUAUAGAGUAAAAUAUGCCAGUAAAUGGCUAACUAUUAGCAAGAUGAUUUUUUUUAAAGGACCAAAAAAGUUGAGGGUCAAAAGAAAUGAAGCGAUGCUUACAGGGUCUUUGUUUAGACACAUUUUCACACAAAUGCCCCAAUUUCCAUGGAAGGAACAAAGCUGUGAUACAUGGAAUGAUGUUUUAUCAAUUGCUCUGUCUUGACCUCGUGGGGAAUGCACACAGCUUUGACCUCUUCUAUCUUUUCUUUGUGGACCUGAUUUUCAAGAACCUGUUCUCAGUGAAAAUAAAAGAGAAGCAUCUCAGACACUGACUGUGUUAACUUUGGAAGCAAUACCUGUGGAUUAAAGCAUUAGAAUAAAAUCCAUAUUUUCUCUUCAUACUUUUACAAUAACUGUAACACAUUUUGUGUCAUUUUAAUGUUUCUUUUCACAUAUACUUUUCAAAAUAUCAAGCUCCUA